GCUAACGGCGGCGGCGGGUGGUGGUGGGAGGGAUUUAAGAGACGCGGCUGAUUGAAAGCCAUUUGCGAGAAUGAUGGAACCGGAGCGAACCGCCGGGCGCCGGGACACGAGUUAGAGCCGCCGCUGUACAUCAGGCGGUCAGUCAGAGGGUCGGGCGGUCAGUCAGUCAGAGUGGAGGUCGGUGACCGGUUCUCUGGUGUUGAACGGCCGCCGGUGACUAUGUUUGGCGGUGGCGGCUCUGCUCGGGGGGGGACCCCCCUCCGCCUCACCCGCCCUGUGCCGACCCUCCACAGACCGAGGACGGUGUUGGGGGUUUUGAGUGGAAACGAUCAGCGGCUCCGAUGGUGUCCGACGCCCAAUAAACCGCCUCUCGUUGCAUUGGGCGCCGAGAAUGGAUUCCCCUCCGGUAAGAGCACUGGGGCACGUCCUGCGGCUCCGGCCGUCUCUGUGCCCAACCCCAACCUCAGUGUCCACAUGGAGGAGAUGGAGGAGGAGGAGGAGGAGGAGGUGGUGCUGGAGGAGGAGGAGGAGGUGGAGGUGUCUGAGGGUCACCUCAGCUCCGAACUGGAGGCCAAACUUGGACAAGUGGAGGGUGUCUCCAAGCAACAGGACGAUUAUUGUUUGUACUUGGACCUCAGCGAAGCUUCUCCUAUGUUAGUGGAUUCAUCUGUUAACUCGCAGUCCCAUCACGGUUACUCGACUGACAGUGUAGAUUACCUCGCUGCUGAAGAAUAUACAGAAGAUAUUUAUCGCUACCUCAGGGAAGCAGAAGUAAAAUUGAGGCCAAGGUUUGGGUAUAUGCGGAAACAGCCAGACAUAACUACUGGUAUGCGUUCCAUUCUUGUGGACUGGCUUGUGGAAGUUAGUGAAGAGUACAGCCUGCAAACCGAAACCUUAUACUUGGCAGUAAACUACUUGGACAGAUUCCUAUCCUGCAUGUCAGUCCUCCGAGGAAAACUGCAACUUGUAGGAACAGCAGCUAUGCUCAUAGCAUCGAAAUAUGAAGAGAUUUAUCCACCAGAAAUAGAUGAAUUUAUCUAUGUAACAGAUGACACUUAUACAAAGAAACAACUAUUGCGCAUGGAGCACCUCCUUUUAAAGGUUUUAACAUUUGACAUGGCUGUUCCCACCAUCAACCAGUUCCUUGUACAAUUUCUGAAGGAAGAAGAAACUAGAGAAAACAUGAGUACCCUUGCUAUGUAUGUAGCUGAACUGAGCUUGCUAGAAGCUGAUCUGUAUCUGAAAUACACUCCCUCAAUAAUAGCGGCAGCUGCAUAUUGCUUGGCUAACUAUACUGUGAACCAGACUUUCUGGCCUGAUUCUCUUGUUGUUUUCACUGGUUAUUCACUGGCUGAAAUUGGGCCUUGUCUGAAUGACCUGCAUAAGACUUUUCUCCAAGCCAAAUUCCAGCCACAACAAGCUAUUAGGGAAAAGUACAAAGGCUCCAAGUACAUGAACAUUUCUCUGAUUGAGCCACCAGCAACUCUACCUCUGCAUGGGCUUGUCUGAAACAAUUCUGGAUGAAAGGAAUAUCUUUGCUUGAUCUGAUAUUUCCCAUGUUUGCACUUGAGGGACAACUGCUGGUCAACUGUCUCAAAGUGGCUAAGCUGGCUGCUACUUAGGGGGUGGGUUUGUUUAUAGACUAACAUUUUAAAUAAGGUGCAAUUUUUAAACUACAGUAUUAUUAAUAAUGCAGGGUGGCCCUGUUAGAACACCCUCCAGUCGGGUACAAGUUCACUUGAGGUGUGGGUCCACUGUGGGCACUUCUCUAUACUUGGUGCUUACAGCACUGACUCACUGGCUUCCUGUGCUAACAAAUGGGCAACUUCAGGUCAGGUUGUCGCUUAUGUUGCUUCCUAGCACGUGUGUGCUUGCACAGCAAGCAGUAGUAAAAUCACGUCCUAUUACUGCAAGGGAAGUGUGACUGACAUCACUACUUACUACAUAGGAAGCUCCAUUAAAAUAGCUUUGUGAAGGCAGUGAUGUCAGCACUACUUGUACAAAAUGCACAUGGAGGAAGUGAUGUCAACAGUUUAAGUAUAUUCCAAUUUUUUUCAUGCUUUACUAACAAAAUAUCUGAUAUUGCACCCAGACAAUCGUGUUAUAACUGGGUUGCCCUGUAUUAACCUUUUUAGUAUUUAAAAAGGGCACUAUUCUUGUGAAACCACAACUAUUUGCAUGCAAUUGAAGUUAACUGAGGCUUUUGGUCUAUUCAAAUAAGCUGUUAAUGUUGUUUCAUGAAGAUAGUGCUGCUUCAAAUGAAAAGUAACUUUCCCAUGUUGACCUUGUUUAUAAAAUUGAACUUAUUCAGCAUAAGGACUGUACAUCUGUACUUGGCAUUUGGACAACUAAUAAAAUCUUUUUAAAUUUGAA